AUGAAGCGGUAUUUGAACAGGCGAGUUUGCGGCCGUGUCGCAAUGUUUGCCGGCGCCGCCGAGCGUGACAAUUUAACGAGGCUAGCGCUGACAGAUAGCGUGUUUGCUAACAGCCACCGGCGCAAACACGGGGGAGACAUCUUGCAGAUUAAACGGCCGCUUUGUAACCGCACCGGCGUUGAAUGCCCCCAGUCGAGAUGCCUUUCAGGGUUCCGCACGCGAAGGGGAUCGGGAGAGCGGGAGGCCGCUCAGUCGCUCGGCGGCGCCGCUGCGGGCAUGUUGUCGCUGUACCGAGCGUGGCUGGGGCCCAGCCCGUGCGUGGCGAGGCCGGCCCCGCCGCCGGGCGCCCACAGACCCGUGCCGAGGCGAGCUAGAGCUCCCUCAAGGUCUCCAUCGCCGCCCGCCUCGCCUCCGCCGCGCUCCCCCGACUCGAGCGCCUCGAGCGAGCUCGACGUGGAGCGAAUUGAGGCGCCCGAGCCGCUGAAGCGCGCCGGCGCCGUGCUCGACGUGGCCUCGUGCGACGGGCCGGUGCGCUUCAGCCGCGUGAGGAACGCCGCGUGGCGGGAGACCAGCCCCGGCCGCGAGUGGCCCCCCCGCCAGCGCAGGCCCCGCGCCCCCCUACACUACUACCCCUGCAAGACCUGCGGCUCCAAGUUCCCCUCGUACUACUUCGUGCACAAGCACAGGAAGCGGUGCCACGGCGAGAGCGAGGAACCGGAGCCGUCUACAUCCAGCGCG